CCACUAACUGUUUAAAAUACUUGAGAUGUGUGUCUUCCGAUUUGUUAUCGUUUUGCUUUACGUAAUCUCUGCUUAUGGACAGAUUUCAAGACUCAGUGAAUGUCCAUCAGUGAAAACUGUUUCGUAUGUCAAUUGGAAUAAGAUGGAAGGUCGAUGGUACAGAAUGAGUGAGUUCCCAGAAAGAGAUUCACGGUUACAAAAUCAGACCUGUUUAUCAGAAAUAAAAGAAGUAAACAAUGAUGGUACUAUAAGUGUGUUUGCGUCCUGGCUAAACACAUUUACUGGUCAAUUCUUUCAAGAUAUGUUUGUUGGUAGAAUUAUACCUGAAGCAGAAAAUCCAGGAAUGGCCUCGUUUGACGGAACUCUUGACUCUGUUCCGCAGUAUCAAUAUUCUCUAAUGGCGGUACAAUACGACAACUUUCAUUUGCUCUAUGGUUGUGAAGAUGGUAAAGGACGGCAAGAUAGUUUAGAGAUGUUUCUGUUUCAAUUGGUGAGCGUUUUGCUCUGCAUAUUAUCUUCGUCUGGACAAGUUACAAGACCCGGGGGAUGUCCAAAUGUGAAGACUGUUUCCCAUGUCAAUUGGAAAAAGACAGAAGGUCGAUGGUAUAGAAUCAGUGAGUUCCCAGAAAGAGAUCCACGGUUACAGAAUCAGACCUGUAUAUCGGAAAUAAAAGAAGUAAACAGUGAUGGUACUAUAAGUGUGUUUGCCUCCUGGCUAAACACAUUUACUAAUCAGUUCUUUAAAGAUGUGUUUGUUGGUAAAAUUAUACCAGAUCCAAGUAAUCCAGGACUGUCUACUUUUGAGGGAACACUUGAGUCUACGCCGCGGUAUCUCGCUUCUCUUAUGCAGAUGCAAUACGACAAUUUUCAUUUGUUGUAUGCGUGUGAAGAUGGUGGAGGACAGCAAACUAGUCUAGAGACCGCAUUGAUUUUAUCCCGCAGAGCAAAACCAAUGAAGAAGUCCACCUUACAGAAAAUAUAUUUUUUGCUCAGAACUAAUGGUGUUGAUCCAGAUAAUUUCACAUUUGUUGACCACAGUGAUUGUCCCAAUCUACAGUAGAAAUUGGAGUAUUUCUUGAAUUUUAUUUACUUGUUUGUUUAUAAUAAAGUUUAAAAUCAUAAUGUCAAGUCCGAGAUUAAAAAUAAAAACAACAUUUGUU